AUGAUUGAUGAUUAAAAUAUUGAAUCUGGUGAUUAAUCUUAAUAUUUGAGAAAUUGUGAUAGUUUGAAUGCUUAUGAAAUUAAUGGAUAAAUGUAAUAAGAUCAUUUUUCUUCAUUAUAUAAUCAAGCAAUAGAAAAAUAGCAAAGAAUAAAUUAAAAAUAAGAAGAGAAGAAUGAUGAAAUUAAAUAAUAAGCAAAUAAAGUCAAAAUUGAUUAUAACUCAUAAAAGAUCUUAUUGAAGAAAUUAGAAACACAAAUUAAUACAGUAUUGAAUCGUCACUAAAUUGAAGAGUAAUUGGAUUAUGAAAGAUUUUGCAAUGUAUUAGUUGAUUUAGGGAUAUCUACAAAAAAUGAUCAUGUUUCAAUUGAUUUAUGGAAAUUAUUAACUUUAGGAUUAGAUUUAGAAAGUGCAUUUAUUGGAUUUGUAUUUAAUAUUCUUGUGAUAUUAUUGGAAAAAUAAUUAACACAAAGUUAAUCUAUAGUAUUAUUAACAGAUGUUAUAAAUGUUGAAUUAGAAGAUUAAAAUAUACCAAAAUAAGUGAUAAAUUUUGAAGAAUUAUAAGAAUUAAUGUUUAGAUUGACUAAUAAAUUUAAAUUAUUAAAUGUUAGAUUUUCAAAUGGAUCAAGAGGAUAAUCAUCAUCAAAAAAAGAGUCAUGGAAUAAUAAUAAUAAUAAUAAUACUUAAGUUAAUGGAAAAUAAAGAUAAUCUCAUGAUACUCAUUUAUCAGAUACAAUAAAUAGAUUUGAAGUUCUUUAUGAGCAUUCUAAAGUAUUAUAAGAGAAAAAAAGAUAAUUAGAAUCAUACAUAUAAGAUGAUCCAGAAUGUUUAUUUAAACCUUAAUUAACAUCUAAUUAAACUAAAAGAUAAGAUAAUGUAAGUACAUUUAAUAGAUUGUAUUAAAAUGCAGAAGCAAUAAAAAUGCAUAAAUAAAAAUUAAAGGAUAAUUUGAAUAGAUAAAGGGAAGAAGAAGAAUUGAUGGAAUGCACUUUUAAACCAAAAUUAACAAAUAAAUAGAGAUAUUCAUUUAAACCUGUUAAAGGAGAAUCUGCAAUUAUAGAAAGAAUGAAUAAGGCAAGAUAAAUGAAAAAUGAAAAAGAAAAUUUCUAUUCUAUAGAAUAAACUAAUAUUCAAAAUAGACCUCAUCAAACUGUACCUGAACCUUUUGAUUUAAGUAAACGAGUCUAAAAUCCUAAGAAUAUGUUAUUGAAUGUUGAUAUAAGAAUUUCAAAAAAUAGAAAAGCAAGAAUUUGCAUUAGAGAAGGAGAUGAUAUUGAAUAAGUAAUUAAAGGAUUUGCAAAGGCACAUCAAUUAAGUUAAGAUCAACAAAAUGUAUUAAAAGAAACUUUAGAAUAAUACAUUAAUUGA